CAUCUGCCUGCGCUUCAAGGCUUCACUUUCUUCACUGCCAGUCCAUACCUACGUACUGCUUGGUGUACCUUUGUUCUUAAGUGGUCGAUGUUUUCGACUGUUUCCUGCCAAGAUGAUGCACCGCGCGCGUCAAGCCUACAUCGAGGAGGAGUCUCAGGCUCGAAUACCUCCGGAAGUCAAGUGUCCAAAGCGGAAAUGGAAGACUGACGGCCAUGGCUGAGAAACAGGAUGUCGACAUGGGCGUGGACUUGGCCAACAUCCCCAUCGAUCGAAACUAUGAAAUACACUCUGGUGCCGGCGGAGUUGCACCCGAAAAAGCAUCUGCUAUCCUGUCCCAAUUCGACCGAAAACGAAGGCUUGCACAACUAGCAGUUCCUACCGAUGAUGGACGAGUAAGAGCGCGUUUGCGCGAACUAGAACAUCCGAUCACCCUCUUUGGAGAAGGACCAGCAGAGAGAAGAGAUCGUCUGAAGGUCAUCAUCCUUGACCAAGAGGAGGCUGCAAAUGGAAAUGGAACCGUGACCGAUGUGCACAUGCAAGAAGCCCCGCCGGAUGAAGCAGAUCAAGAGGAAGAGUUCUAUACAGAAGGCUUACCCGAACUGCUGGAGGCAAGGAGAGACAUCGCCAGAUAUUCUCUACCGAAGACGAAGGCUAGGAUCGCGAGACAGAAGGAAGACUCCACCAUCUCACUCAGAACGCAUGUCAAGCACCGAAAGGAGAUCAAAGAGAAGCUAUCUGGAUUUGAGCUAUUUGGCACACAGAUUGCGGGCGAGAGGCCUGUCAGUAUAACUCGAUUCUCACCAAACGGGGAAAUGAUCGCAGCUGGUAAUUGGGCUGGUGGUAUCAAAUUGCUCGAUGUGCCGAACCUCGAUGAAAAGAUCACUCUGAAAGGCCACACUGGAAUCGUCGGAGGUAUUGCUUGGUAUCCUGGUGCAACAUUAUCCUCCUCGGGCGUGUCGCCAGAGUCUCUCAACCUUGCAAGUGGAGCUGGCGGGCAAGGAGGUGCCAGUGACAUCCACCUCUGGUCCCUGAACAAAGACACACCCCUCUCGACCUUGCAAGGGCACACAGACCGUGUGUGCCGCGUUGAAUUUCAUCCUUCUGGCAAAUACUUGGCCUCGGCAUCCUUCGACACUACUUGGCGCCUAUGGGAUGUAGAGACCACCACUGAGUUGCUUCUACAAGAAGGCCACUCACGGCAGGUAUUCGCUGUCAGUUUCAAUGCCGAUGGAUCACUCCUUGCAAGUGGGGGAUUUGACAGCAUUGGACGAAUAUGGGAUUUGAGAACAGGACGCACUAUUAUGAUCCUGGAUGGCCACAUCCGAGAGAUAUUCAGUCUGGACUGGGGCAUUGAUGGGUAUCGGGUAUUGUCAGGCUCUGGUGACGGUUGGAUGAAAUGUUGGGAUAUUCGACAGGUCAAAACCACGGGAGGAAUUGGCGCCCACAAUGGAAACGUUUCUGAUCUGCGAUGGUUCAAAGGCCCCGAUGCUGACGCAAGCUCAUUAGUCCCAUCCACCGGUGUGCGGCAAGAACAUAACCCUCGGAAGGCGGGCACAUUCGUCGUCUCUGGCGGUUUCGACAAGAAGGUCAACAUCUACUCGGCUGAUGAUUGGUCGUUGGCAAAGCAAUUGAGUGGACAUUCUGGAAAUGUCCUCAGCGUCGAUGUCACCAAUGAUGCCAAGUGGAUUGCAAGCAGUGGUCACGACCGGACUGUCAAGCUUUGGGGUCGCAACGACAUGCAAGGGAUCUAUGAUUAGAUUUGGGCCUCGAAUGGGCCACAGCACUUGGCGGACAGCUCGAUGUCGCCCAGCAUAUUGACGACAAUAGAGUCGAUACGACCAAUGCAGCGCGUUGGGAGCAUAUGCACACCACAGCACUGGAUGGGUUGUAUUGGAGUGCAGUCGACCACGGAUUCUCUCCCUCCGAUCUCGCGUUCUUUCACGAGCCAGAGGCAGCAGCAGCCUUCCUCAAAACCGCAGUGCUGACAAGUCAUGUGUUGCGAUGUCGGCACAUAACAAUGGGAACAACAUUGGCACAGUUCGAGAGCUUGAUCGUUGAACCGGAAGACGCGACAGCGCCCGAGUUCUUUGCGCAUCCAGCACGUUGACUUGUGAGCGUCCAACAUUUAUUCGACAUCCCGGCUCUGGAAGUGUAUUUCCCUUGUCGUCUCGUGAAGGUCAGUGGUGGCCAGCAGCAGGAUCUUGUCGUGCGGAACAUCCCGGUAUCCUCCCACUGGGCAGACGGCAUCACACCACUCUAGACUUUCUCUGUGUAUCUUGUAACUACUGGGCCACCUGGGUCUAGGCCCGGCGAAUGGACUUUGCAUACCUUGUGUAUGAGACCACUGUUACAUUUGGGAAGUUGUCACGCUAUUCUCCAGCUUCUGUCAAGGAGUACCCCAGAUCACCUUGUGAAGGUGAACUGCUCUCGCUCGGCACAGACUCAGCUUAUACGAGCAUAAACUACUCCCAAUCUACGUACAACAAGCUGUCCGCGCAUCGAUCUGCUGUUCCCAGACUGCCCGGGUCUGUCAGCCUUCCAGUCCGAGUCAGGCCAAGCACGUUUCUGGCUUUAAGAAGAAAACACAUCUCUCAACAGCAUGACGGCCUGAGUAUCUUCAUUAAAAGAGUCAGCAAUGAUAUAUACCAAAUCUCCUUUGCUUCCAGGCACCAACAAUCAGCCGCAGGAAUGUGCGUGAAGAAACGUGUACUAUAUACUUGCGGCCAUGUCAAUCUGGAGGUUAUUCAUCAUUGCGGCUGGUCUGGAUGUGCAGUCAUCUUUCGUCUAGAGCGCUCUGAUUCGACCUGUCGUGGCUGUGGAUGAUUCGGCGAGGCGUAUGCCAGAGCGAAGAUUGAGCUGGACCUUCCCUCAGGAGCUUCAUCGGCCACGGAUCAACGCAAAGGCGGGCUGUGGUAUAUAUAGAGGACCAGGGCGAUAGGGACGAAGAUGUCACUGGGAGUCUAGAGCGGUGACCUUUAUCGCGCACAUCGUCCCGGCGAUGCGCCGAGUCCUGAGGAGCGGUGGCAGGCCGAGACGUUGAGUAUAGCAGAGUCGAAUAUCGCGCGAGCGUGGUGUUUGAGUAGUUGUCACGCUUGAGAUUGUCGAAGGAUGUGAGCGUGCUGCGCCGUCCUGCGGGCUUGGCAGAGAGGUUGUUGGCUGUCGUCAAGCAAUUCCCAUUGUUUGAAAGUCGACUGACCGGCCUUGCCAGACGCAUCAUCUGCUAUAUGGUGUCGCAUGAGGUUAUGAGAUUCCAAGACUCCGAUUACGACGUCAGGAAGGGAUAUUGUACUGCCCUGCCCACCUUACGCUUGGAGACCGUGGAAGAAGGGGACUUAUCGUUAUGGCGCCAUGAUGCGCCAUGAUGCGCCCAAUGACCCGACUCCAUCCUCAUCUCUUCUCAGGUAUCAGCAGCUCUUCAUUUCUUAAUGGGCAUGACUUACCCUGACAUAGAGGAUGGAUAGGAGCUAUAUACGACAACUCGACGGCACAAGCAGGGCGAUGACGGGAUCUAACGCGGACUGUAUGUACGGAGACCUUUCUAGCAGGGCCAAAACCACUACUUGAUUACUCCGACUUCUCCAGCUGCAAUACAAAGAUUGAUCUGA